AUGGUCGCCAGAGCAGAGCUCGCCGCUCUUCUCCUCGUCGCCGCCGUCUACGCUGCCACCGGGUUCAGGCCGGGGCUGGGGCCGCCGCCGGUAACGGAGGACACCCUUGAGAAGGUGGCCGCCUCGCUGGAAAUGUACGUCGACGUGCUCCCUCAGAUGCCUAAGGUCCUCGGCUACUCCAUCAAGCACGGCCGCCCCACGCCGACUCACCUCACCAUCGGCAUGUACCAAAAGAAAUGGAAAUUCCACCGGGACCUGCCGGCGACGACCGUGUUCGUGUUCGGCACGUCGGCGGAGAGCGCCACCUUCCCGGGGCCCACCAUCGAGGCGCUGCAGGGGGUCCCGCUGUCCGUGACGUGGGAGAACCACCUCCCGGACCGCCACAUCCUGCCGUGGGACCCCACGGUGCCCACCGCCAUCCCUAACAACGGCGGCGUGCCCGCCGUCGUCCACCUCCACGGCGGCGUGCACCCACCGCAGUCCGACGGGCACGCGCACGCCUGGUUCACCGCGGGGUUCCGCGACCGGGGCCCCGCGUGGACGACGCCCACGUACUUGUACCCGAACGCGCAGUCCCCCGGCGGCGCGCUGUGGUACCACGACCACGCGCUGGGGCUCACGCGCGCCAACCUCCUCGCGGGCCUCCUCGGCGCCUACGUGGUCCGGAACCCGGCCGCGGAGGCGCCCCUCGGCCUCCCCCUCGGCGAGGAGUUCGACCGGGUGCUCGUCCUCGUCGACCGCAGCUUCUACGUCGACGGCGAGCUCUACAUGAACUGCACUGGGGAUAACCCCCGCGUGCACCCGCAGUGGCAGCCCGAGUACUUCGGGCACGCUGUCACCGUCAACGGCAAGGCCUGGCCGUUACUCCCCGUCGCGCGCCGCCGCUACCGCUUCCGCGUCAUCAACGCCAGCAACGCCCGGUUCUUCAACCUUUCGUUGUCCAACGGCCUCCCGUUCCACGUCGUCGGCUCCGACGCCAGCUACCUGCCCCGGCCGGUCGUCGUCACGCACCUCCUCGUCGCCGUGGCCGAGGCGUUCGACGUCGUCGUCGAUUUCUCCGAGUGCGCGACCCUCGAGGCGGAGCUCGUCAACACGGCGCCGUACCCGUACCCCGACGGCGAUGCGCCCAACCACCUCAACGGCAAGGUGAUGAAGUUCGUCGUCGACCCGCCGGCGGUGAAGGUCGACCACUCGAGGGUGCCGGCGCGGCUGCUGGACUACGUCAAGGUCGCCGAGGAAGAGGCAGCGCAGAGGCGGUACAUCGUGAUGUACGAGUACGAGGACGAGGCGACGGGCGCCCCGACGCACCUGUACAUCAACGGGAAGCGGAUGGAGGACCCGGCGACGGAGACGCCGCGGCCGGGCACCACGGAGGUGUGGGAGGUGAUCAACCUCACGCAGGACAACCACCCGCUGCACCUGCACCUGGCCACGUUCCAGGCCGUGCGCGCGCGGGAGCUCGUCGAGCUGGAGGAGUUCAAGCACUGCAUGGAGAGGCUCAACGACGCGGUCCGCUGCGACGUGGCCCGGCACGCCGUGGGGGAGGAGGUGGCCGUGCCGGAGCACGAGAGGACGUGGAAGAAUGUGGUCAAGAUCGCGCCGGGGUUCAUGACGACGGUGGUGGUCAAGUUCCUCAUGGUCGACACCGGCAGGAGCUACCCGUUCGACGCCACGGCCGAGCCAGGAUACGUCUACCAUUGCCACAUUUUGGAUCAUGAGGACAACGCCAUGAUUCGGCCGUUGAAACUGAUCAAAUGA